AUGCUUAAAGAACUGGAUAAAGGUAAAAAGCAGGUUGAAGUUGCGAAGUCAUACGGCGUUGCGGCGACGACUGUAAGUACAAUUGUGAAAGACCGUGCAAAAAUUGAAAAAAUGUACGACGAAUCUUUGUUUGAUUGUGACCGCAAAAGGCUUCGUUCCGGAGAUCACCAAGGUCUAGAAGAAGCUUUGAACAAAUGGUUGAAAGAAACUCGUUCAAAAAAUGUUCCAGUAAAUGGUCCCAUGCUACAAGCAAAAGCAAAGCAAUUUGCUUUGCUUAUGGACAUAACGGACUUCCAAGCCAGUUCAGGGUGGUUGCAUCGCUUCCGGGAACGACAUGGCAUAUCAUGGAAAGUUGUGUGUGGGGAGGAUAAGGAUGCAGACACAGAGGCGGCAAACCAGUGGAAGGAAGAAAAGCUGGAAAUAAUUUUUAAGUCUUACUCAAUGGAUGAUAUUUUCAACGCUGAUGAAACUGCUUUUUUUUACAAGCUUUUGCCAAACAGAACAAUGGCGUAUAAAGGUGAGAAGUGCACUGGAGGAAAAAAAGCAAAGGAAAGGAAGUCUGGCAUUGUAAACUGUAAUGCUGAUGAGAUCACUGCAACAUCAUCAGACCAGGAUGCAAGCCAGACUGCAGCUGCAGCACAAACAUGUGAAACCAAUGAUAUUGACCCCCAAGUAUGGCAGGAAGUAUCAGCCUCCAUGCAGUUUGAUGCUGUAUCAUUCACAGACUAUGCCUCUGCUGAUAACGAAAUAGAAACAACACCAGGGUUGACCGACAGUGAUAUCAUCAGUGAAGUCAUUCAAUCACAGUCAUCAAAAGCUGAAUCAGAUGAUGAUUCUGACUGUGAAGAGCUACCUGUGACUGCAACGGAAGCUGUUCUGAGUCCGGCCGCCGGCGCCACGCAGACGGGCGACUGCUCACUCACUCGUCUGCCCGCCGCCUUCCUUCCCUUCCCAUCCCAGCGCUGGGCUACCGUCUGA